AUGAUAGGCACUACGGUAUCAUUCAACAACUCAUUAAAUUCUGGACUUCAAGUGGGAGAAAAUGAUGGUAAUAUCAUCGCACAUUUCCAUCAGUCCCAAGCAGAAAUAUCCCCGGAUCAAGCAUGUAUACGGGAUCUGCGGACGACCGACCCUCGUCAUGACAAAGACCGUAUUGAGGAGAUAGGUGGAAGGCUUCUCAAAGACUCAUACAGCUGGAUCCUAGACAACGAGGAGUUUAACCAAUGGCAAGACAGCCAAGGCGGCCCUCUCCUGUGGAUCAGGGGUGAUCCCGGUAAAGGCAAAACGAUGCUCCUGUGCGGUAUCAUCGAGGAGCUCAAACGAUCGAUUGGGGACACUGCGAAUAUCUCGUUCUUUUUCUGCCAAGCCACCGACGCGCGAAUCAAUAAUGCGACGGCUGUUCUCCGUGGCUUGAUCUAUUCACUUAUCAUGAAGCAACCAUCUCUUCUCACCCAUGUACGGAGUCGAUACGAUCAAGCGGGAAAAGCCCUGUUCGAGGACAUCAACGCAUGGAACGCCCUCUCGAGGAUCUUCACGGAUAUCCUGAAAGACUUGAACUUACGGAAUACCUAUUUGGUUAUCGAUGCCUUAGAUGAAUGCACAACAGGCCUCUCUCUCCUUCUAGACAUGAUUGUCCGGGAGUCGCCUACGUACCCAAAAGUGAAGUGGAUUGUCUCAAGCCGCAACUGGCCUGACAUUGAAGAGCGCCUUCGCACUGCAACCCAGACAGCUGCAAUCUCAUAG